UUUCAGUCCAGGAGUCGAUGUGGGAAUAGAUGUGAUGGAAGCUCUGAAACCACCUCCAGAACUGCAAACCUUGAAACUUAAUCGGUACAAAGGACCCCACUCCCCUUCCUGGAUUACACUGUCCCUUGAUAAUCUACGGAUUCUUGAAAUUCGGGGGUGCAAAAAUUGUUCAACUUCUUUGCCUCCGUUAGGCAAACUGCCUUCUCUGGAGACUCUUUUCAUAAGUGGCAUGGAUGAGCUAAGAUAUGUUGGGAGUGAGUUUCUGGGAGUAGCGGAAGUAGGUGGUGUUGCUUUUCCAAAGCUGAAGAAAUUACAGUUCUACAAUUGUCCCGAGUGGGAGGAGUGGGAAGACUUCAAAGAAGAAGCAACAAUAAUAAUAAUGCCAUGCAUCAGGGAGUUGGAACUAUCUGGUUGCCGAAAACUUAAGGCAGUGUCACAUCAUCCCUUAUUUAGGCUGGAGUCUUUGAAGAUCAAGGACUCUCCGGUAGUCAAUGUGGGAAUAGAUGUGAUGGAAGCUCUGAAACCAUCUCCCAAACUGCAAACCUUGAAACUUAGUUGGUACGGAGGAACCCACUUCCCUUCCUGGAUUACAUUGUCCUCCUUUGAUAAUCUACGGAUUCUUGAAAUCAAAUGGUGCGUAAAUUGUUCAUCUUUGCCUCCAUUAGGCAAACUGCCUUCUCUGGAGACUCUUUUCAUAUGGGGCAUGAAAGAGCUAAGAUAUGUAGGGAGUGAGUUUUUGGGAGUAGCACAAGUAGGUGGCGUUGCUUUUCCAAAGCUGAAGAAAUUGGAGUUCUACCAUUGUUACGAGUGGGAGGAGUGGGAAGACUUCAAACAAGAAGCAACAACAAUAAUAAUAAUGCCAUGCAUCAAGGAGUUGGAACUAAAUAUAUGCCGGAAACUUAAGACAGUGCCACAUCACAUCUUAAGCAGGCUGGAGUUUUUGAAGAUCAACAACUGUCCAAAUCUCAAAGUUGAAUAUGAAAUGGUGACGUCAUGUGCUUCCGGGUAAGGCUGCCUCUCUCACUAGAUGGGAUUCGUACCGACUUUUAAUCUUAUGGUUACAAAGUUAAAAAUCCGAACAACUUUGAAAUUUUUGAACAAAAACUAUCAAGUUUAAUUUAACUUUUUUACACUUUGAAUAUAUUUGUACUACUCGUAUAUCUAUUGGGUUUGAUGUGAAGGUGUGAACUAAAUAUAUCUUGAGUUUUUGUUAAACCUAUUUAUGAUUAUUAAAGUGUGUUUUUAAUAAUUUUUCUAUAAUAUAAAUGAUUUGCUAGUGGUGU